AGCAGUGGGAAAAGAAAGAAAGAAAUGACACAGAAAAAGGUCGCACCAACCGUCCAGACUGUUGAAGGAAACAUGUCUCCAAGCUAUGAAGAGGCACACACAGAAUGUCCUGGUUACUACUAUGGUGAAGGAACCUUUUCCUGGGAUGACAUGAAUAUAAGACAAGUUUUUAUACGAAAGGUUUACUCGAUUGUGAUGCUGCAGCUGUUUUCAACAGUAGCAGUUAUUGCUCUCUUCACGUUCUGUGCUCCAGUGAGGAUGUACAUUCAGACACAUCCUGUUUUAUACUCCGUGUCCAAUCUUCUGUUUCUCCUCACAUAUAUCUCAUUGGCUUGCUGCGGUGGUUUGAGGAGGCAGUUUCCAUGGAAUCUUAGUCUUCUUAUAAUCUUUACUCUGAGCAUGGCUUGCAUGUUGGGUUUUAUCUCUAGUUUCUACAACACCAAGUCUGUAGUGCUGUGCAUUGGCAUCACUGCCACAGUGUGUCUGUGUGUCACUAUCUUCAGCUUUCAGAGCAAGAUUGACAUCACCUCUUUCCAAGGUCUUCUCUUCAUUCUGUGUAUGGUCAUGUUUUUCUGUGCUAUUGUCAUGGGAUUUGUGGUUCCCUUUGGCUAUGUUCCCUGGUUACAUGCGGUCUAUGCCAGCAUAGGAGCUGUGGUCUUCACUAUGUUUCUCGCUUUUGAUACACAGCUGUUGAUGGGGACCAAGCAAUAUGCAAUGAGUCCUGAAGAAUAUAUCUUUGCAACACUCAGUCUCUACCUGGAUAUUGUGUACUUGUUCACAUUCUUGCUUCAGUUGUUUGGUAAUGGGAGAUAAUGUGCCAUGGAUUUGUCGUAAUAUUGUCUGUCAUGUACAAUAUUGAUGGCUAAUGUUGAAACUGUUCUGCAACCUCAAUGUUUUUAGAACAACACAUUGCCUUUUAUUUAUAGUUAGUUUGAAAGAAAAUCAACUUUGUAAGAAUGUUUUCUCAGGUACUGAAAUAUGCACUUCAUGAGUUAUUCAAAGGUCAAAGUCAAAAACUUUUCAUGUGACUAAAUCAAUCUAUAUGCUGCACCAAAACGUAC